GUAGUUUUGCGUCGGUGAGUAACAAAGUCUGGUAGCUGCAUCCAGAUAACCCGGAUUUCUCGGCUUCGACAAUGGCUGCCACCGCCCCCUCCCCCUCCACCCUCAUCCACAAAGCCCAAGCAUACGUCCAAUCCUACAUGGCGCAAUUCGACGCCUCCCACGACCACGCGCACAUACUCCGCGUCCAGCGUCUCGCACACAGAAUCCUCGCCUCAGAACAACAGCGCCACCCCACCACCACCUACGACACCACUCUCAUCACGCUCGGCGCGCUCCUCCACGACGUCGGCGACCGAAAAUACGCUCCCCCCGACGCCGACCCCACCACCAUGGUCAGCAGCUUCCUCCUAUCCGCUGGCGCAUCCCCUGUCCUCGCGUCCCGCGUCCAGCAGCUCGUCUCGCACGUGUCCUUUUCGCAUGAGAAGCGUAACCCCGACGCCGUGUGCGCGCUGUUGGCCACAAUGCCCGAGCUGGGCAUCGUGCAGGAUGCAGACCGGCUGGACGCGCUGGGCGCGGUGGGCAUUGGGCGGUGCUUUGCGUUUGCGGGAGCGAAGGGCCGGCCGGGUGAGGAGGAUGGGCUAGGUGCUGCUGUGAGGCAUUUUGAGGAGAAGUUGGAGAGGUUAGAGGGGUUGAUGAAGACGGAGAGUGGGAGGGAGUUGGCGCGGGUACGGGCGGAAAGGUUGAAGGUGUUUAGAGGGUGGUGGGAGGAGGAGACGGGAGAGGGAUUGGCUAGGUUUGCUGGGUGAAGUGAGUAAGUGGUGGGCUAGAUCUGGGCCGUAUUUCAUUGCUUGGAGGUAUACUCAUAGACCGACUCACCCAUGUCCAAAACAUGCUCGAGAGUGCAGCGGUUUAGAAGCCACUGAAAGAUUAUAUCAUCCCAUCACCUGUUUUCAGCUGUUAAUGUUUAAUAGCAGACAAAGGGCACGAGUUGGGUUAUCCGCAUUGCAAUAGCAUCAGAUCGGCGCG